UAGACUUUCUUAGUGAAGAUGGUGUAGAGAAAGGAAUGGAGAAUAUUCGGCAGUCGAUGGUAAAAUCAUCAUCAGAUGUUGUCGCACACAAAGGAGCCGUUUUACUAGUAAACACAGAUUCGCCAGUAGACAAAAUUGAAAUUGACAACACGAUUAAAGUCUGUUUCAUGCAAACCGGUGAAAUUAUUAAUAUUCCUAUUUCCUUGGUGGACACGGUAGAAGAUGUGAUCAAAUAUAUCUGCGAAAAAAGCGCAUGUGGCGUUGCAAAUGAUUACAACGAUUAUCAUCUUACUGUCGUUUUGGUUAAUGGUGAAAAAAAUCUAGAUAAUGAGAACAAAUUAGCAGAGAUCGGUGUUUUUACUGAUGAAAAUCUCGGAUUUAAAUUAUAUUCAAACACUCCAACCAAAGAACAGCUAAUUACUAUUGCAAUGGUAGAAGCAACUGGGAGUGCUAAUGAUACUUCCGAUGUUCCAACACAUCUUCAAACCCUUGAUUCAGACGAACCGACACUCAACAAUGGUAAAACAAAAGUUUCCAAUACAUCAGAAGUCAGCUCAACAUCUAAAAGCUUGAAACCAUUCAGUCCUGCUCCAUUAGAAAAAGAGCAAUUAGCUAACAUAUAUCAUCAAAUACAAAACAGAUUUCACGAAGUUACCGCAGAGAUGACUCGUGACCCAAUGUUACGUCACAAUAUCACAGAAACGUUGAACGAAAUAAAUCUUGUCGUCUGCGGCGCACCCCGAGUCGGAAAAAGUGCUCUCAUCAAUGCCAUAUGCCAACAAGAAGGAGCUAAAACACAUCCUGGAUUGCAUUCCUGCACAAACAUGAUUUCGCCUUACUAUUUGAAAGGUAGUUGGGAAGUUGGCGGCGACAAAGUUAAUUACCAAUACAACAUUUGGGACACGCCCGGAUUCGAAAAAUGGGAUCAGGAAACUAUCAUUGCUAAUUUAGAUCACAUUCAACAAAAACCGAAAUCUGACACAUUAUGUAUGAUCUACUGUGCAUCACCCGGUUCGUUUGCCAAUCUUGAACAACUCAAAUGGUUAUUAGAUGCAUGCAUCAAACGGCACAUUUUCUGCGCACUUGUAUGUACAGAUAAAUGGAAUGGACGGAAAACACGACGGGAUGCCGUCAUGGAAGAUUUCACACAGAUCUUGACGCGUGUUCACGAGAAAACUCGAGAAGAGGAUGGCGUGAUUUAUUUCGGAAAUGUAGGUUUGUGUACAAGUGUCAACAGUGUGGCUUUUAUCGAUGAAGAAACGGGUAAAGAAUAUGAACAAUCGGGUAUUAAUGAACUUAUACUUGGAAUAAUGGAAUCAAUUGACAAAGACAAAGCCGCUAAAUGGUGCGCGAUUAAGACGCAAAUUGAUCUCAUGAGGCAUAAAUUCAUAUUCAGAUCAAUUCAAGCCUGUGACAGCGGUAUUUUGUAA